AAUCGACGCGAGGCAGCGCGGAAUUCGCAGACGGCUUCGCUGUGAUUGGUGGAGAGGGGGGUUGCCCUUUACGCGAUUGGUUAGUCACUCACAGUGAAAACUUCCCGAGCCAAAGCCAGACCGCGCUGAGCCGAUAUUAUUGUCCGCGACCCAAAGACAGUUCUUCCUCGUGGAAUAUAACGUGUAAUUUGUGGAAAGAAGAAUCUGCCAACCCAGAGAUCUUGUUUAUAUGUAUAUAUAUAUUUUUUUUGUAAUCAAGUUUCCUGCGCUCGCCGGGCUGCGCGGCUCCAUCGUGUGAUAGGUCAUGGGGAAUGUCAAUCAAGCAGCCCGAGUCCCGCCUCCCUCCCCGGCCGGUCAGCUGACGCAACUGUCGCAGAAUAUCGUGACAUGAGAGAGCGGCUGCACGGAAACUUGACCUUACCCAUGAUUGACCUGUCUGGAUCGAGUGUGUGCGUGACCUGAGAGGCCGGUGUGUGAAGCAGAGCUGCGACGAGAGAGAUGGGCUCGCGGAGCGGCUGGGUCCCCGGGGCUCCCUUGGUGUGGCAGGCUGGGGGUGCCCCUCCCCGCUCGCUCACAGGGCUGGAGGUGAAGCUGGGCUCCCUGGCUGUGCUGCUGGUCAUGACCCUGCUGUGUGGCUUCAUACCCCUCUGUGUGCUGCGGGGCUCGGGGAGAAUCAACACGGCCACCGCCACGCGCAGGACCGUGCUUAGUCUGGUGAGCUGCUUUGCGGGCGGUGUGUUCCUGGCUACCUGCCUGCUGGACCUGGUCCCUGACUACCUGGCCGGGAUCACAGAGGUGUUCGACAGCCUCCAGGUCACUCUCCAGUUCCCCCUGCCUGAGUUUAUCAUGGCUAUGGGCUUCUUCCUGGUCCUUGUGAUGGAACAAAUGGUGCUGGCCUACAAGGACCAAUCAGCCAGCUCACUGGAGGAGAGACGGGCCCUACUGGGGGACUCCAGCAUCCAGUCAGGGAGCUGGGAUCAUCAGGAGCCUGUCCACAGGCACCAUGUUCCCAGCAGGGGACAGGGGGACAGGGAUGAGGGAGGGGUCCAUCUGCAUGUGGACUUCAACUCUCACUCCGCCACCCGGAGCUUGAUCUUGGUGGUGUCGCUGUCGCUGCACUCUGUGUUUGAGGGCCUGGCCGUGGGGCUGCAGGCGCAGCGGGAGAAGGUGCUGGAGAUCUGUGCUGCCCUGUUGAUCCACAAGUGCGUCAUCGCCUUCAGCCUCACCCUGAAGUUGAUGCAGAACCGGCUGAGGAAGGGCGUCGUGGUGGCCUGCCUGGUCCUCUUCUCUGCCAUGUCUCCCCUGGGCAUCGGGCUGGGCAUCACCCUGACGGAGAGCGCCAGCGCCGUGCACCAACUCCCCCGCUCGGUCCUCGAGGGCGUGGCGGCCGGGACCUUCCUCUACAUCACCUUCCUGGAGAUCCUGCCCCAUGAGCUGAGCUCCCUGGAGCAGCGCGGUCCCAAGCUGCUGCUGCUGCUCACGGGCUUCGCUGUGGUGACCGGGCUCCUCUUCAUCAAGAUCUAGAAAGGCUGGCUGUGCACUGGACAUGGAAAUGUGUGUACCCAGACUCCACCAUCACCGAGGAAUGUCCUCACCAGGUUUCAUCACAGUUGUUAAAACGGUUUCUGAGAUAUAUGAAAAAAAUGUGACAGUCCUACAGGCGCAUCAGAAUAUAUAUAACCCCUGUUGUGCCAUAACUGCUGAAGAAUGUCCUUAACAAGAUCCAUUCCGAUUGGAUAAGCGGUGCUGUAGUUUGCUGGGAAUUCAGGGUCACCUUACCACAUAGAGCUCCUGGUUGUAGAGAGGCGAUUGGUUCGUGGGUCGGAAGACGCCCGCUCCCCGUUGGUUCUCCUGAGCCGUUGUGGGAAGUUGUUGAGUUGAGGGAGAGUAAUUGGUCAUUCCAAAUCGGGGGGUAAAGUAAUCGAUUAAACUGUUCUAACGCUGUGAUACUUCAUUUCCGUGUCUGUGUAAGUGAUGCUUCUUGAGAGUAAUUGUGAUAAAGCUUGUUGCACUAUGAGGAUGCAGAGUGGCUCCCCUGUAACAGCACCGGGAGAAUCCUGCCAGCCCGGCUCGAUCACACUCUUCCCCUGAGCUGGGGGCGUGCAGGGCUGCUGCACUGCUGUGGGGCUCCAGUACAGGUGGGAAUCAGUUCUCUCAAGCAUGCAGGGUAAAGAGGAGAUCGGCUUGACAGGGUGAUCAGGGGUGGCCCGUCCAUCUUUGGUCCUCUUGAUCAUUAAGUGCUCUGCAACUUCGAAAAGAAAAAAGAAAUAUAAAAAAUACAAUCAGAUUGGAAUUUAGUGUUAGACUUGCCUAGAGCAGGCAUGAGUCCUGCCUGUUGAAGGCUGCUGUAUGUCUUCAGAAAUAGUAAAACCAUUUUUUGCACGGGGUGGGAGUUGCACUUGGCCGCCAGUCUAUAGAGACGAGGCAUUGCCUCUCAUGGCAUGCCUGUAGCUCCUCUAUUUCCACAGUGGCUUGCAUCCUUGGGAUGAUGACGUAAUCCACAGGGGGAAGCAGAACACAGGGACUGCAAGUACUUUGUGGCGAAUCGCAGUGAGUAGAUGCUUGCUGCCGUGACAGACUGUCCCCAUCUGCCACUGUUACUGCCUGUUUGUUUUCAUUUCCACGCUGCACACUUUCCACUGGCAUAUAUCAGUGCAGUGAUGAAGCACAUCACAGAUCCAUGUCUAAACAGGAUCGCGGAGGUGCUUAGAACCUGACUGAGCUUCAUAUAAUUCAGUGGGGCCAACAUGUAAGCUGUAUAUAAAAAGACUUGCAGUGUAUAUUUCUAUCAGUACUGUAACUGUGUUAUUUUGAAGUGCUUUCAUUGUUGGCUUGCUUCCUAGAUAUGCUGUUUGUUCUUCCAUGUGUAGAUAUAAAGAAUACAGACCUGGUUUUCAGUGGUGUUUUACCUGCACUUCAGUUACAGUGGAAAGUACAAUUGAAUACACAGUGUAAUAAUGCUGUUAUACCAUGGGAUCCAGAUAGCUCAUAUUAAUAGUUUUACCUUGUUUCUGUAUUUUAUCCAUGUCCAAUGAUAUACCCUUAAGAGAAAGGGUGCUUCCUCCAGUCUAGGGCAGGCUUGAGACAUGGAGACUGAACUGCUCCCUCUCUCCAUCCCUCACCCCCUAGACAAAGGGUGCUCCCUCCAGUUUAUAAGUUAAAUGAAAUAGAUAUAUUUCAUAAAAUAUUUGGAUGGUUUUUGACACCGUGGUAUAUGGCAUAGGUAUGCACAGUGUUAUUUCAGUAUGUGUUACAAAGUGCAUCGAAUGAAACAAAGUACCACUAAGAUGUGACUGUGUAAUUGUAAGACAUUUUAUCUGUAGGGUUUUUUCUAGGAGAAUUGUGUAUGGGGUUAUACAGACCUGACACAGAUAGUAUUAGUGGGUAUUUUAGUAUUCACUUAUUCUGAUUAAUGGGUAUUUUAGUAUUCACUUAUUCUGUGCAUAGUUUAUUUGUGUUUGUGUGUUGAAAGUCCCAAUGAUAAAGACACAGUUAUUCUUAGCGUGUUGCAUUAGUACAGGGUGCAGUCUGGAUCAUUUGGGCACAAAACAGCAAGGAGAAGAGGGCUUUGUCACGAAGAGAGCGCAAUUUCCACCAUGACCCAUAGAGGGCAC